ACCUCCUCUCCCGCGACCUUCAUUUCUCCAUCAAUGGCGGAUCCCGGUCCCCCUCAACCCACUCCUAACCCUAGCCCCCCACCAAAACGCAACCAAGACCGCGACUUUCUUCUCCACCUUGAAUCCUACCUCGCUCACCGCGACGGCGUCGACAAGCUCCUCAAGAUCUCCCGCUACACCGCCAAGCUCCUCCUCUCCUCCUCCUCCCUCCCCAAAACCCUAACCCCGAACCUCAAAUCCUUCGAUUCCAGCGUCGGCCUCAGCCGCAAAGCCUUCCGCCUCGGCAAAUUCGUCCAGGAUCUCAACUCCCUCCGCCUCUCAAACCCUAGUUCCCCCUCCGACCUCGCCCUCGUACUCCUCGCCUACGGCGGCGAGGGCGUCUACUACUUCAUCGAACAGCUCGUCUGGCUGUCCAAAACCGGUCUCAUUUCGCCCAAUUACGCCAAAAAGUUCUCAAAGAUCAGCGCUUGGGCUGAGCUGAUUGGGUACGUGGGGAGCAUUACGAUGAAAGUUAGGGAUUUGAGGGAGUUGAGGUUGAGAUUGGAGCUGGUGAAGGCGGACGAGGAGAGGGGGAAGUUGGAGGAGAAGGUGAUGAUGAAGACGCUCUCGAUUGUGCAGGAUUUGGCUGACGCGGUGAUGGCGGUCGCAGACGUGAGGGAUGGGAAGGGAGCAAUGACCGGGCCGACGCUGAUGGCGUCUGCUGGGUUGGUGUCCGCAGUUAUCAGCACGCAUAAGAACUGGAAAUCUUGUUGAUGGGGAAGAGUGAUUGGGAGCUUCAAGCGGAAAAUGGCCGAGAGAAGUUAUGGUAUGAUGCCCGUGCUAAGCUCCAUAGCUAAGGUGAUCCCGAGCAAUCGUAUGAGGACUUGCACGAGUUUGUCUGUCGAGAGUGGGUGACGAUUUGAUCUUGAAAAGUAAGUACUCAGCUGAAAGGAGAUCUCUAAAAUCAAAGCCGUGCCCUUCGAUAGAGGAAAGGGUUAAUUACACAGAGACCCGCUAUAUCAUUUUGUUGCGCGACUUCUGACAGAUGGACCUCUUCGUCCUCGAACUAAACGUCAUUAGAGAUUUGUGGCAGCCGGCCCCUCUGAGAUAUUGCACCCCACCGCUAUUUUCCUCCCUCUUCUGUUCCUUUUCGCACAAUCCAAUAGAGAGUAAACGUACGAUGGCGGGGUUCAGUUCAGUUCGAUGAGGUUCCAAUAUCAAAUUUAAUGUGUAAUGAGUGGCACAUUGCGACACACGGGUUUAUAU